AUGUCUUUAAAUACGGCUCACGCCAAUGAUAAUGGCGUUCUUAUACAUUCAGGAGAACAAAUAAUUUUGUACUCUGAUGAUGUUACUAUGGAAUUUUCUGGUCAAAAUCAACAAGAAUUUAAGGGAUCAAAAAGUGGUCGAAUUUAUUUGACAACCCAUCGUAUGAUUUUCAAUAAUAAGAAAAAAAAUGACAUGCUUAAAUCAUUCAGUUUUCCUUUUGUCACUAUGAGAGAGGUUGGUUUGGAACAACCAGUGUUUGGUGCUAAUUACAUAAAAGGGAUUGUUAUGGCUCAGCCUAAUGGUAAUUGGUCUGGACAAGCAAAAUUUAAAUUAGUUUUUAAAUCUGGUGGUGCCAUCGAUUUUGGCCAAGCAAUGCUUAAAGCUGCUUCAUUCGCUAAAAGAAAUGCACCUUAUGGACCUCCACCUCCUUAUGUGAGUCCAGAAGGACCAUUCCAUCCAGCUCCACCCCCAGCCUAUCAUCCCGAACCGAAUGGAUAUUAUGGGUGGGUGCCUCCCACCAGAGCUUUUCCAAAUGCACCUCCACCCAACACUGUGUUUAUGACUAGUGCACCUCCACCAUAUGUUGGAAUUUUCGGACCACCAAGUGAUCCCUACGCUGGAGCUUCUGGUCCACCACCACCAGAUCCGAAAGCAGCUGAAGCUGCUCAAUCAGCUUAUUAUGAUCCCAAUAAGCCUCAGUUUGCUUAUGUGCCUCCCCCAUCAUAUUACGAGCAUCCACCAUCAUACCAGCAAGCAAUGUCGAAAAAAGAACAAUAA